AAAGCUUUGACAUUCAUAUCUAAGUUUUCUAUUUGCAUGUCCAUAUCCAUAAUGUUUGGAGUCUUUUUCUUAACGUUUCUAGUUCUCUUUUGUGUGUGCAUAAUGUUUUUGCUGUUGAAAUUCUGUAACAGUUUUAUGUCCUUGAAGUCAGGAAGAAUUGCUUCAGAAAGAGAGAUGACCAAUGAGACCAGCGACUUGGAGGAAGGGGGCCUUGACCUUAGUGUUGCCUUGAAGCCAAUCAGUUGCUAUAUCUCUGACAGGAAAGAAAUGUUAGAGCAAUGCUUCAGAGUCAUAGGGGAGAGAAAACUUCAGAAAAUGCUCCCUGAUAUUUUAAAGAACUGCUCUGUAGAAGAAAUUAAAGCUCUCUGUUUGGAGCAACUGACACUUUUGUCUGAUAAGAAACUUCUCCAAAUUAUUGAAGGUGACGACCUUGGUUCAUCUGAUACUGAAGAGGAAGUGGGAGAAAAUGAUAGGUACAAGAAGAAAUUGGAAACAGAAAGUCAACAGGAUAAUAAUAUCGAUUCUACAUCUUCCUUUAAAGAAUGCAGUGAACAAGAGGCACCUGAACUGAAACAGGGUGGAGGCUCUGGGGAUGAAAGUGAUGCCCUUAGCAUUAAUGCUGAAACGUAUGAUAGUGACAUAGAACAAAACUGCAAUGAUCAGGAAGACAGCACAGAUGUGAUACCUCAGAAAAGUACGGCCGCUCGUGCUGGUGUUGAAGAUGAAAUACAAAAAGACAUUGAAAAGAGCGUAAAGGAGAUUUUAGGCCUGUCGAGCUCCAUCACAGGAAGACAUCAAUCAGCUGGUUCUCCUAAUCCUGACCGGGAUGGUCUUCAGCCUUCAGCACAGCAACUGGAAUUACUUGAGCUGGAAAUGCGGGCCAGGGCAAUUAAAGCUCUAAUGAGAGCUGGUGACACCAAAACACAACCUUAGGAACUAAAACUGUUUGUCCACCAAUGAAGAGAAGGUGUGCUGUGUUGUAACCUUACGUUGCACGUGGAGCCCAAUAGAAUUCUCUGAUGUUUUCACUCACCCUAUUUCUCCCAUCCCUCAAAUUGGAAAUUUACUUUGUGCAUCAUCUCUGCUAGCAAUUUUUUAAAAAUGUUAUUCUAUUUAUCAUAUUUGAAGUCCAUUAGUUAUCUAUUUUUCAGGAUUACGUUAUAGAUCACAACUUUAGUGUUACAACCACUUUGUAAAAAAUGUCAUUCUGUGAUAAUAUUCUGUAAUACAUUGAAUUUGUGUGAAGUUCAUGUAUAUUGUACCUGAAGGCCGAUUACCUGUUUGUGAAAUGGUAAAUGGCUUUUCUUCAUUUAGUCAAAUAUUUACAUCCUAAUGCUGAUGUAGAUGUUGAAAUGUUUGUCAACUUUUAACUAAUGGGAAACGAAUACGCAUUUGUGUCAAGUCUUAUCAUUUAAUUUGAGCCAGCAUUUUGGAGGAAACGUCUGAAGGAGAAACUCAUGAUUUAAAGAGUAAAAAAUAGUAUUUAAAAUGUGUGUUAAAAUAUGUCUUGUCAUGCUGAGCACUGUUAUAAAAUUACAAUGGUUUUGAAUGUCAUUCUUUGCGGCUAUUUGACUAUAGUAAGAGGUCAUUUUUUCUAAGCCCUAGUUGAAGUGGGUAAUAUUCUAAAUUGAGUGUAUCAAAAAAUAUUUAAAUAGGAUUUUAAGCAUAGAAACCAGGUGCAUUUUUAGAGCAAGGAGCUCUCCUAAAUACCGAAUAUUUGGAUCUUGUAUUCGUAAUGUUGAAAUAGCUGGGGAAUAUAUUUGCCCAGUUAACUUUUUCAACAAGAGAAAAGUUGAGUAAAAAUUGAAAUUAAGACCACUCAUGUUUUAUUUACUUUUUUAAAGGUUAACUUCAACACACUGCGGAUAUAGUAUGCUGGCCUAUGGUUGCAAUAGAUCAGUGGACUUAAAGAUAUAUAUUUUUCAGUAUAGUGGGGCGUGAAGCAAUCAAUUCCUAAAUGAUUUGAAAUUGCCCGUUGAAAAUAUGUAAAAUAUAUUUUAAUUUGAUAAGAGAGAAGUCCUAUGGUUUCUUUUGCUGAAAUCUCUAUUUUCGAGAUUAGUUCUUAGAAUUCUGCUUCCAAUUCAGCUUAGAUUUGAAAACAUACCGUGUUUAGAUAUUUUUCUAAUUAACCUUUCAGAAAUCUUCUGACAAACUUCUGAAGCAGCUGGGACUUGAACCCAGGCCUUCCGGCCCAGAAAUGGGGAAAUACCAUCGUCCGCAGAGCCCUAAUAUUCUAGAUUUAUGCAAUAGAAGAGUGUUGCAUUAUUUUAAAACUAUUUUUGCAAACAGUUGCUUUUUAUUUUAGGAAAUGUAUUAUUUCUUGAUUGAAAAGUUUUUUUUCAUUAGGAAAACACCCCAUUACUUUUAAUUUUUGGAAAUCCUGCGCUACAAAUAGUAUCAAACUUUAUAUCCCAAUUUUGCUCCUUUAAGCAGGACGGAACAGAAUUUGCCACAAUAUUGAAAGUGGCCACUUAUCUAAAUGCAACAGAGCAAUUAUUUCACCCACUGUCAGAUUUCCGAACAUUCCCCUGGAAAACAGAAUGGCAUUUUCUAGUGUUUACAUUUAUAUCAGUUGUGGGUUGUUGUCAUUCUCAGCUGUCUGUAUUCAAAUAUAAUUAAACUCCAAUUUUUUUUAA